CUCUUCGAUUAUCUCUAGGCUCCUCGGGGCCCCCGUGGCCAGUACGAAAAUGUAUCCAGGGCUGACAGUCUUUAUUAACGCGUCUCGUCGGUGACUCUGUGCUCUCACGCGGUCGAGAUAUUUUCUUGCUAAAUGCGAUAAUAUUGAAAUUCGAAUCGUCAUCGGAAUUAUAGCAAGGUUACAUCGGUCUUGAUUCUCGCGACGAGAUUUUCGUUGGAGGAAGCGACAUGGAGCACAUUUCUGCGAGCUAUUACGUCACUCUUACAAACAUCGUCGCGUUCGCCGAUCAGUCAUGCUAAUUUCAUUCCUGUCAAUACGUGUCAGACGCGCGUAACGUACAAGCGUUUACGCAUGCUGGCUUCUGAGAGCCCGAGAAUGUGCACAGUUAUGUUUUUAGGUGCUGUAAUGUGACACAUCACAAAUUAGAAUAUUAUCUGCUGCAGUGAAAAUGGCAGCUAUCUGUUCAGGACGUCUUGGUUGGUUGGGAAAGAUUGUGAUAGCAUUGCUGGCCACAUGGUUGAUAGCACUAAUUAUAUCCAUUUCCCAUAUAUUUAAAUCAAAUAUCUCAUCCAACCAAGAUGCUAAUGCUGUCAACAAGGUAAACAUGCAACGCCUAGCAAAGAUGGUCAAUGACUUUGAAAUUCUAAAAAGGCAAAAUGAUGCUCUGAAGAAUUUUAUAUUGGGAGAAGGCUCAAAAGUUAUGCAGGGUGAUCAUCUGGGAUCUAUACAGGACAGAUUGGAGAAAGCUUCAGCUUACUACGAUCUGGCAGAGCAGCCAGACAGACUAAAACAUGGAGUACCUCCUCUAGAAUACGAAGAACUACGGCGACGAUUGAGAAAUGACAUUCAGGAGUUGUGGUAUUACAUCGCAGCUGAGCUGAACAAAUUCAAGAAGCACAUUGACGACUUCACGCACGAUCAGAAAGAAAAAGAAAAAGAUAUACAAGAUGUAUUAAAAAAUACAUGGGAACAUAAAAAGUCACUUAUAAUGAAUGUCGACAAGUUGACAAAAGCAGAUGGUUAUAACGAAUGGCGAGAGAAAGAGGCGAAAGACUUGUCUGAUCUUGUUCAGAGAAGAUUCAGAUAUCUGCAAAAUCCCACCGAUUGUAAUAAAGCAAAAAAGUUAGUAUGUAGCCUAAACAAAGGAUGUGGCUUUGGCUGCCAGCUUCACCACAUCACGUACUGCUUCAUGGUCGCUUAUGGUACGGAGAGAACGUUGAUAAUAAAGUCGAAGGGUUGGAGAUACCACAAGGAUGGCUGGGAAUCUGUGUUCAAGCCGCUUAGUGAUACUUGCGUAUCUACGAGCGGCGUCUCGCAUUCCAACUGGCCUGGCGACCCCACUAAACAAGUGAUAUCCUUACCAAUCGUUGAUAACGUCUAUCCUAAGCCAAAGUACCAGGCGCCUAGCGUACCUGCGGAUUUGGCAGCCAGAUUAGAAAAGAUUCACGGCCACCCGCUGGUCUGGUGGGUGGGACAGGUAUUAAAAUAUCUAAUGCGACCUCAGGAUCAUGUGAAAAAGACGUUGGAAAAGGCGAAAGAGAAACUCGGCUUCAAAAAGCCCGUCGUCGGUGUACAUGUGCGCAGAACUGACAAGGUGGGCACCGAGGCAGCUUAUCAUGACAUAGACGAAUACAUGACCAAGGUGGAACAGUAUUUCGAUGAGCUCGAGACUAAACCGGACGCGAGGAGAGUAUUUUUAGCCAGCGACGAUCCAAAGGUAAUCACGACAGCCAGAAAGAAUUAUCCGAAUUAUGUGAUCAUAGGCGAUCCCGAAAUUGCCGAAACUGCGUCCGUGGCAAAACGAUACUCCGACAGCUCGCUACAGGGAAUAAUCAUCGAUAUUCACUUGUUGUCGGAGUGUGAUUAUCUGGUGUGCACGUUCAGCUCGCAGGUGUGUCGCGUUGCGUAUGAAUUGAUGCAGACUUUCUACGCGGACGCGUACAACAGAUUCACAUCUCUCGAUGAUAUAUAUUACUAUGGCGGACAGAAUCCGCAUCCCCACGUGGCCAUCAUAGACCACAAGCCGCGGAAGAACGGCGAGCUCGAACUGAAGGCUGGGGAUCUAAUCGAAGUAUACGGCAAUCAUUGGGACGGUUUCUCCAAAGGGUACAACAGCAGAACCAGCAUGACAGGAUUGUUUCCUAGUUAUAAGGUGAAGAAUCGCGUAGCUGCCGUAGACUUUCCAAAAUACCCGAGUGUUCCGCUCCUGGAGAACAAGAUCGAUUAG